AGACUUCUAGUACUUGCUAGUGCUCGGAAAUAGAACAGUGGUACUCAGUAGUUUAUUGGUCUCUGGUGGUACUGAUUGAUAAUUAUAAGUGUAUUGUUCUGUCGAUUUACAGCAGUAGUGCUUGUAUUGUCUUGACACAUAGUUGUCACUAUCGCUAUUUGAUGCGAAAUUUGUUGAAUUUGCAAAGAAACUUGUGGUAACUUGUCGAGACCGGUCGUGAAUCUCGAAGUUAUCAAAUAAUCAUUUUAUGUAUUUUAGUGUAGUUUAGGCACUUGUUAUUCAAUAAUAAUAUAGAUUGAUUCCAAAAAAAAUUCAUGGAUGCUCAUACACAAUGAAGGCGAGACCAUAUCAAGUAUUGUUGCACGAUAUUGCAACAAAGAAGAACACCAUAAUACAUUUGCCUACAGGGUCUGGGAAAACAUUCAUAGCAUGUGAACUUAUAAAGAAAUUUCGAGAUGAUUUACAGAAGCCUUGGGGUAAGGGUGGAAAGCGGACAUUUUUUAUUGUCAACACAGUCCCGCUGGUCAUACAACAGAAAAAGUUUAUUGAAAACUUGUGUCCCGUUGGCGAAGUUGGGUCCUAUAGCAGUGAAAAUAACGUCGACUAUUGGAAUAAAGCGAAAUGGGAAGAGGAAUUAAUUUCACACCAGGUGCUUGUUAUGACGUGUCAAAUCUUACUCGACAUGCUCACACAUGUGUAUAUAAAAAUUGAAGAUAUAAACCUUUUGAUUUUUGAUGAAUGUCACCACGCCGUUGAAGAUCAUCCGAUGAGGCUGGUGAUGAAGCAUUUUGAGGAUUGUCCAACGGACAAGCAACCUCGAGUUUUGGGGUUGACAGCAACAUUAUUGAAUGCGAAUGUAUCAAUAGGCAAAGUGGAGACCACACUUCGCGUACUUGAAACUACAUUUCAUGCUUCUAUUGCAACUGUCAACGAACUCGGCGAAGUUUUAAGUUACUCAACAAAUCCAACAGAACAAUUGCAGUAUUACAACAAACCGGUGUUGACCGCCGCCGCCAUCGACGCUAUAACAAAACUACAGAAGUUGAUAGACAUGGUAAUGUCUGUUAAACUACCACGCACUAAACCCAAUUUAAAACUACAACCAGGGCAGGAGGAUAUUACGUCAGAUCCAAAAAAGACGGUGAAAGCCGUAAAAAACAUGAUAACUUCAAUGAUAAUGUUCAUACAAGAGCUAGGGGCGUACGGUGGGUCUGUUGGUAUACUCGCCUAUGUGAUCUUACUAGAAAGACUCAAAAGGAAGGUGUCCGUUAAGGAGGAGGAGCUUUUUUACAAAAUCGUCAUCACACAUUCAAAUGAAGCACGAAUGAUACUAUUAAAACACAUGGAAAAUGAAACAGGCUAUGAAAAAAUUGAGAAGCAUUCAUCUCAAAAGUUUUUACAAUUACUCAGGAUUUUGAAAGAAUAUAACCCCGAUGUCAUAAAUCAACCUGGAGUAUUGCUGAAAAUAAACCAAUCUAAGAAGCCGCUUAGUGCGAUAAUUUUCGCCCAACAGAGGUUUACCGCCAAAAUCUUAUUCAACCUACUGAAGGACGUAAAAGAAGCGAAUCCAAAGGAUUUUGGGUUUUUGAAACACGACUUUAUUGUUGGUUUCAAUAUUGACCCUACUAAGAGCACUCGAGAGCAGCAUUACCUUAAGAAAUCCAGUGAAAAGGCGCUUCUGAUGUUUGGAAAUAAAGAACUUAACUGUGUGAUAUCGACAAGCGUGCUAGAAGAAGGUGUGGACAUACAACAAUGCUUAUUGGUGGUGAGAUAUGACGUACCAGUGGAAUAUCGAUCCUACAUACAGAGCAAAGGACGAUGCAGAAGCAGUGAUUCCAAUUAUGUUUUAUUAGUCGACGCGGAGAAUAAGGACCAGUUUUUAAAGAAUUAUUGUAACUUCCAACGCAUCGAACAUCACAUUUGUAAAUUAUUAGUUGGCAACACUGAUGAACGAGAAGCACCGUCAGUGGAUGAAAUACAGGAGAAUUUCUAUGAUGAUGACGAAAUACCGCCGUACGUCACCGCGAAUGGCAACCGGCUGUCGUCCGUAUCCGCUAUAAGUCUGUUGCACCGCUACUGUAACAACUUACCCCACGAUUACUUCACAUCGAUCUCCCCGAUGUGGUACCAGGAGAACGUUAAAGACCAGAAAGGCAUCGUCAUGCCCGUAGUCACGGUCAUCAUGCCUAUUGGAUGUCCCAUUAAAGAAGAAAUAAAGGGCGAUCCGUUGCCGAAUAAAGAAUUAGCGAAGCGAUCUGCAGCGCUGAACGCUUGCAUCAAGCUUCAUAAGGCGGGCGAAUUAGAUUAUGCGACACUAUUGCCUCAUGAAUAUGCCUCCGUUAAUUAUGACAGUGAAGAUAUAAGCUUUUGUUUCCCUAACUGGCCGGCAGAUGGCGGUGACAAAACUAGUGAAUCACUUAUUGCUGGUACAAAAAAAUACACAAGAAAAUAUAAAAUUCAGUUUCCAUCAUGCCUUAACGCAGUUUCCGAGCCGUGCUAUUAUUUGCACAUUAUAGAGACGGCCACUAUGUUUGAGAAACCAAAGGAGUCGCGCGACCGCGCUUUGUACGACUUCCUACAAAGCGAUGAUGGUUUCGGCAUUCUAACGCAGAGUAAGUUGCCGAAACUAUGCAAUUUUCCGGCUUUCACGAAGGUCGGCGAAGCAAAAAUAUCCGUGGACGUUAAUUAUGCUGUCAUAAAACUGGACAAGAAGUUAUUCGACAUCGUAAAACGAUUCCACUACUUCAUCUUUGAUCAGGUACUCGCUGUGGCGAAGAAGUUUCUGGUGUUUGAGGGCAUCCAAAACUGCAUGUACGUGGUACCAGUCAAACGCAACGACGGAUAUGACAUCGACUGGGCCACCAUGCGGGAGCACAAAACCAUACGACCCGUCAAACCGCCGCCAGACACGGAACGGAUGUCUUUUUCGAGUCUAACCGUGGCGAAGCAAAAGUAUCUAAAUAGUGUGGUAACGCCGUGGUAUCGCGGAUCGAUUCUUCCAGAAAGAUACAUAGUGUCAAAUGUCCUCGAAUAUAAAACACCAGAGUCGCAGUUUGAUUCAGAAGCUUUUUAUACUUAUGCCGAUUACUAUUUGGCCAAAUACAACUUGAGUGUUUUAGGACAGAAGGACCAGCCCUUACUCGAGGUACGCAACAUUAGUACUAGAAUGAACUGCCUGCUGCCGCGCGCCGCCACCAUCAACACAUUCACCGACAAACAACAAAGGCUGGUGUCCGCUUCGCAAGGAGACGAGAAACCGAAAGGAUUCCCCGAGUUGUUUGUGCCGGAGUUCUGUAUUAAAUACGAUUUCCCCGGCGUGCUGUGGUACAAGGCAAAGUUAUUACCGUCCAUUAUUCACAGGUUGCACAUGUUGUUGGUGGCCCACGAGUUGCUAACGGAAAUAUCGAAUGAUACCAAGUACGGACAACCGCUUCUACGAAAAGACGAAGAAUGGCAACCACUAAAAGUUGAAAUUGAAAUUGUAAAACAGUCUUUAUUAUCGCAAAUUGAAGGACCUACCCCCGUCAAUACAGUCGACAGAAUAAAUCACGCGGCGGGAGAAGGCACCUCGAAUAGCCCCAAAAUGUCUUCCCUAAAAGACAGUUUGUAUCAACUACAGAUGAAGAAAAUCAACAAAGAAUAUCCUUGGGAUGAGAAAAUGGAGCCUGUGGACAUAGAGCGCAACCUGUCGUCGGUGACGGCGAUGGACGUGGCGUGCUACGACGAGUUCGCGUCCGCGCCGCUGCUGGCGCCGCUGUCGCCGCCGCGCGCCGCGCACGCGCACCCUCACGCGCCGCCGCCCGCGCACGCGCCGCGCCUCCGCGCGCACGCGCUGCAGCCGCCCGCGCACAAAUAUGAAGAUAAAUUAAAAAUAUUGGAGAAAACUGCGACCGGCCGCGGUCCCGAACUCCGCGACAUUCUCUCCGCUCUCACCACGACAAAGUGUCACGACACCUUCAACCUGGAGACAGCGGAGACUCUCGGCGACUCGUUCUUGAAGUUCGCGGCCAGUUUAUACUUGUAUCACAAGUUCCCUAAACUGAGUGAAGGACAACUAACCAAUAUCAAAUGUCGUCUUAUAAGCAACAGGAAUUUAUUCUACGCUGGACAAAAAAUCAACCUCGGCGGACGAAUGAAAGUGGAGCAGUUUAGUCCGCGGAAAGACUUUUUGGUGCCCGGCUUCUUUGCUCCUGCUGAAGCAGAGCAAUUAAUCGAGGCCAAGAAGAUCCGCCCAACGUUGUUAAUAGGCAUGUCCUUCCCCGAGGAUGAAGUGCUCUCUGGAGUGAUGUCGGGCGACAGUCUCAGAGCGAUUAUGGAGCGUUAUAACGACAGUGACGGUGCCACCGAACCAGAACCGGAGAGGGGCGCGCAGAACUCCAUGCAAUGUUACGUGCAUUCCCAAGCUGUUGCUGAUAAGUCCGUGGCGGACUGUGUGGAAGCGAUCGUUGGCACGUACCUGGCUAGCGGUGGAGUGUUGGCCGCAGUGAAAGUACUCGAAUGGUUGAAGGUUUUGCCUCCUCAGGAUAAAUUCGCCACAUUUCUGCACAAACGAGUGUCUACCGUCAUAAAUGAAAAUCAAGCUACGGUUGGGGACGUCGAAUUUCUUCUAAAUGGCUACAGGACGGAUAUAGAAAACAUUUUAGGCUACAGAUUCAACGACCCGUCAUUUUUACUACACGCAAUGUCCCAUGCUUCCUACAUCCGCAACAGGCUGACGGGAUCCUACGAGCGUCUCGAGUUUCUCGGCGACGCCAUUUUGGAUUUCCUCGUGACGUCACACAUAUAUGAAAACAGCGACAAACUCAAACCAGGCGAGAUAACCGACUUGAGGUCGGCUCUUGUCAACAAUGUCACUUUUGCCGCGUUCACAGUCAGACUGGGACUACACAAAUACCUUUGUUCGGAACUGAAUCCAACCUUGUCCAAGGCCAUACUGAACUUCGUAGAGCAUCAGAGGGAGAACAAUCACAACAUCAUCGUGGACGUGUUAUAUUUGAUCGACGAGGAGGAUUGUCAAGUCGCCGAGUAUGUGGACGUGCCUAAAGUGUUGAGCGACAUUUUCGAAGCUUUAGUCGGCGCGAUAUAUCUGGACAGCGGCGGCGACCUCCAGACUGUGUGGUCGAUUGUGUACAAGAUCAUGCACAAAGAAAUCUACGAGUUCUCCAUGUGCGUCCCAAAGCAGCCCGUCCGAAUUCUCUAUGAGAACAUUCACGCCUGUCCUUCGUUUGGCGAUCCGACCGUAAUUGACCCGGACAUUCCGAGGGUAAUGGUGCCGGUCUCGUUUACGAAGAAGGACCGUAUCACAGUGUAUGGCAUCGGCCGGAACAAGUCGCAAGCAAAACGGGCUGCGGCUAAAGUCGCGUUGAAAGUGUUGUGUUUGUAAACGAUAACGUCGGCCGACAAUGCUCUGCGCGUCACGUCUCAACUACAAAUCUUGCAGCAUAUUAUCGGAACAAAGUGCAUCGAUUGAGUUAUAAAAUGAAUUUUAUAACAUGCGGUAAUUUAUGCAACACACAAACAUUUAAAGGACUUUCCACUGCAUUACAAUAUUUGAUAAUACACUGCAAGAUGUCCCUACCACUUCCUUUAGUUAUUCAAUUUUUUUUAUUUGCUUAGUUUUUAAAUUGAUAUCCAAUAUGCUUACGGGAUGUUAUACAAAUGUAUUUACAGAGUAAUUUAAUGACAUACCGUAUCAUAUAAAACAUAUUAUUUAAUCAUCCACCAUUAUUUCUUUUUAGUUUCUCUCUUUUAUAUUAAUCUUAAUGUAUGUAUACAUAUAUUAUCUACUUAUAUAAUAUCUACUAGUAUCUGACAGUUUUAUAACUGUUGAACAUAACUAUUGAACACAAACGAGAUACAAAUUGCCUAAGUUAUAUGAAUGGAGAAAUAAUACAUGAUUUGGAAAAAAUUACACGCGUGUGGCAUGGCGCAGAGAGCAUUGCUUUGCGCCUCAUUGCAUUACAUCAUUAUAGUUUUACUGUGUUAUAAAAAGGAAGACUGAAUAUAGGCUAUGGUUGAUUAGUUUUUGAAUAUAAAUGAAAACAAUAAAAAAUAUAAUUUAAGUUCCGAAAUCAAUUUAUUUUUAUGUAUUUAAUUUUUCAUAUUAUAACGACGAAAAUUAAUAAAUAAUCGCGAUCGCUGUCUUCAGAUUGAUCUCGAAAAUAAAACGAUAACACCCCUCCCGUGUGCUUUGUAGUGAAACUUUAUUCUGAUUGGCCCAUUCCACGAUAUAUCCUAUAAUGUUGAUGAAUUUUGUUUUACUCAUUUCCAGUAGACGUACUAUAUUUUUUUACAGUUGAUAAUUGAAUUAUUGUUAUACAUUUAUUUAUUCAUAUUGUAUUAUGUUACCAUUAAAAUAGCAACAAUAACAAUAAAUUAUUGAAUAUGAAAUUAAGUCAAAAUAAAUGUAUGUGUUUGAUCGAGUGACCAAUGCAUUCGUCACGUGGUAGUCUCUCAACCAAUUACAGCACGACAAGGAGUCGUGUCGUUUUUUGUCACAUUCUAAACGGACUAGGUUAUUAAUUUUAUGAACAUUGAAAAAUAAUGAGAAUUAUAAUAUAUUUUGCGCGAAUUGAAAUGCAAAGUCAAAGGUAAGUGUAAAUACAACUGUCAUAAGAUUCUUCUACAACUUAGUUAUUCAAAAACAUAUCAAUCAUUUACGGACCAUAGUUUGGUUGAAGAAUUCAGUAAAACUAGCAGUUUAAUAGAUGUGGCAUGGCUCUCGCAUUUAUAUUUCAUAAUAAUAAUUUUGACAUGCGCUCUUUAAAGUUUUCGGUAAUAUUUAUUAUGUAUUUUUAGACUGACUGCCUCGGUAGCGUAGUUGUAUUGCAUGCCCGGUACAAUAGCGCUCUGAGGUCCUGGGUUCGAAUCCCGGGUCGGGCAAAGUGAUAUUUGGGUUUUUCUGCUCAGUAUCAGCCCGGAGUCUGGAAUUUGUGCCCGAUAUGGCGAUAGGCUCGCCCUCUAUCCCAUCAUGGGACGGAACAUACUUGGCGAAAAGUGGGUGCCCUAAUUGCGCCUCUGCAUACCCCUUCGGGGAUAAAAUGCGUGAUGUUAUGUAUGUAUGUAUGUAUUUUUAGAUUUUUUAUUUACAACUGGAUGUUAGCGACGACUCCAAGAUGCAAUUAAUUGAUACAGGUAUUCUAUAUUAUUGGAGAAAUGAGAUUAAUGUCUUGUGUAUUGUGUAUAACAGGAACACUGAAAUGGAAUGUGAAAUGACAUUGUAUGUAUCAGAUUGGUAACAACGUAGAUAGCAACUUGCAACUUUUUAAUACAGAACAACAUUCAGAUAUUCUCUAAAUUAUAAUAGAAAUUGAUAUUUUUAUCGUAAUGCAUGGUAAUGCAUUACAAAUUUUACAUUAUUUAGAUAAUAGGAAUUAUUUUAUAGAAAAAAAAUAGUUGAUGUUAACGUGUUAUUGAUUCGUGAUUGUUCUAUGUUCAUUUUUAUAGAGAAUAAUAUUUUAUAUAUAAUUUGUGCGUAAGAAGUUAAUAGAUGUUGGAAUAGGAUAUUUUACUAUUAACUAUUUUCGAUGGUGUUCAUAUUAAAUUGGAAUGAAACAAAUGGUGUUGCUGAAACAAAUUUGGAAAUAGUAUAAGAAAUAUUGACAUUAUGGGGAAGCGUGGGAACGUAGGCGGCAUAUAUCGCUAUUUCUCAUGCACAUCGCACACACCAUCAGUGUGCAUUCUACUAUCAUAGGUAUGAUAUUAUUCCCAAUCAUUAAAAGGUUCAUUUCAAUUUGGAUUGAUUUAUCAAAUUAUUUUUAUUUUAGAUUUUGGACAAAUAUAUGAAGAUAAAAAAAAAUCAAAAAUAGUAAUAUACCCUAUUUCGCAGAAAUUGGCUUCUUUACGUGUCGUACGUAUAGAAUGCAGUAUAAAGUUUCAUGCAGCAUUUAAUUGGUUUUGAUCUUGGAUAAGAACCAAUAUAAUUUAAGGCUCCUCCCCGAGCAAACGGCCAUUUAUAGCCCACGAGUUCUCACCAUAAGUAAACAUUUACUAAUGAUUGUUGUUAAAAAAAUAUUUUAUACUACCAAAAUAUUCCAUGUUUUCCAAAUUUAGUGGCAUUUAUAUUAUCAAAGUAAUGUAACAAUAGCAAAAAUUUAAGUAAUAAUAUUAUAUUACAGAAAUAUGUUUAAUUUUAUUUUUUGUAUGUAUUGUAAAUUUCAAAUAGAUAGCUUCAUAAAGAUAUGGUUAGCGCGCCGUUUUGCUGGGGAAGCACCUUCGAAGUCGAAGUAGUCUUCGUUAGUAUGUCUACGUAAACAGAUUUUUAUAUACUUCACUACUAUGCAUGCGAUUGUUUUCUAAAGUGCUUAAAACCUACCUACUGUUUAUGUAAAAUAAAAAUACUUAGAUGGUUUAAUUUUUAUGUAUAGUCAGCAGAUUUGAAAGUAGUAACUAAAA